AUGUUCCGGUUUUCUCGGGGACGGGCCCCUCCCCAACUACGGCCUCGCGGGCAAUCCUUCCGCCGCCGCCGCCCUCCUCGUCCCCAGCGCCAGUAUGGGCCGCCGGCGGUCCGACCACUGGGUCAGUCCCCUCCAAACCAGGCUGCGCAGUCCCAGCCACUGCAGCUCCCGCCCCCAAUGUCCCAGUCUGUGACGUCGCUGCAGCAGACUUCGUCAGCGUCUGGGACGGCCCUUCAGCCGUUGGCGCAGUCAACUGCCUCCGCGCCUCAUCCCCUCGUGCCAACCGUCCCGCAGACCGCCUUCCGGUUCCCCCCUCCCCGUCGCCCUUACCCGCGUGGAUGGGAUUCGCCUGAGCGUCCACCAACCACUCCUGAUCCCGACCCUGACUGGGAGCCUCACCCCCCUUGGGGCGUGCAGCCGGACCUGGACGUGUGGGGCCGGCAGUGGGGAGAGGAGCCGAGCUACUUCGACCUUUGCCGGUGGGAGCAGCGGAUGCGCGGUGUAGGGCGUUGUUUGUCGAACGUGGCGACGGUGUUGGAGCAGCUGAACCACGCGAUUGGGCGGCAGAACCUUGCCUCACGGAACCCGCAGCUGAGCGAGUUCGAGCAGGGGGUGGUGAGGGAGGCCGCUGCUCAGGCGAUGUCGACGAUGCUGUGCCUGCCCCUUGAGCCUGAAGACCCGUCGCUGAAUGAAGGGCCUGGAGUGACUGCUUUCCGCAGGGUAGCCAUGGCCGCCGAGGAGGCGCCCCUUGAGAUACUCCUCCUCACCACUCACCAUCCUCCCGCUUCCCCGCCGUCCCCUUGCUCACCCACGGUCAUCUAA